AUGUACCGCAACUGGACCGUGUUUUGCAACGGCUGCAAGACCAAGCUCGUCGACUACGGCAAGCGCGGGAGCGGGACGUCGUCGCUCGUCAAGCUGCUGCCCGAGCGCAUCCUCAAGAGCUACCUCCCGCCAAACGAGCCCAUGGGCACGUGCCCUCGGGCCAGCCCGCGUGGAAACUUGUGA